UCUCUGCCAAUCCCUCCACUGGCCUCCACUCAGUGUCCUCCAUCCCUCUCUGCCAAUCCCUCUACUGGCCUCCAUUCAGUGUCCUCCAUCCCUCUCUGCCAAUCCCUCCACUGGCUUCCAUUCAGUGUACUCCAUCCCUCUCUGCCAAUUCCUACACUGGCCUCCAUUCAGUGUCCUCCAUCCCUCUCUGCCAAUCCCUCCACUGGCUUCCAUUCAGUGUACUCCAUCCCUCUCUGCCAAUUCCUACACUGGCCUCCAUUCAGUGUCCUCCAUCCCUCUCUGUCAAUCCCUCCACUUGCCUCCAUUCAGUGUACUCCAUCCCUCUCUGCCAAUCCCUCCACUGGCCUCCAUUCAGUGUCCUCCAUCCCUCUCUGCCAAUCCCUCUACUGGCCUCCAUUCAGUGUCCUCCAUCCCUCUCUGCCAAUCCCUCUACUGGCCUCCAUUCAUGUUCUCCAUCCCUCUCUGCCAAUCCCUCCACUGGCCUCCAUUCAGUGUCUUCCAUCCCUCUCUGCCAAUCCCUCCACUGGCCUCCAUUCAGUGUCCUCCAUCCCUCUCUGCCAAUCCCUCUACUGGCCUCCAUUCAGUGUCCUCCAUCCCUCUCUGCCAAUCCCUCUACUGGCCUCCAUUCAGUGUCCUCCAUCCCUCUCUGCCAAUCCCUCCACUGGCUUCCAUUCAGUGUCCUCCAUCCCUCUCUGCCAAUCCCUCCACUGGCCUCCAUUCAGUGUCUUCCAUCCCUCUCUGCCAAUCCCUCCACUGGCCUCCAUUCAGUGUCCUCCAUCCCUCUCUGCCAAUCUCUCCACUGGCCUCCAUUCAGUGUCCUUCAUCCCUCUCUGCCAAUCCCUCUACUGGCCUCCAUCAGUG